UAAUGAUUAAGUAAUUAUGUCAACACUGUAAAUAUCAACAGUGUGGGGGCGUGGUCACCGUGCUGCACCUGCGCGUCAGGUAAAUGAGUGACGCUGGGUUUCACCGCUUUUUCCAAACAUAAGCGGCCCGGAAGUGACAGGAAAAACGGCAUAGGCCUGAGAUGGACCGUUACAGGUAUUUCAUCUUCAAUCAGAAGAGUGUGGUGGUCCUCGGCAUCCUUCAGGUGGCGUGCUCGGGGCUUUGCGUGGUUUGCGGCUUUAUGGACGCAGUCUUCCGCAAGAGCACUACUCUGAGUGAAACUAGAGCUCCACUCUGGGCUGGACUGAUUAUGGCUGCCCCUGGUGUGCUUGCUCUUUUUGCAUCCCAGAAGAAAAACCCAAUUUUGGUAAAUGUCAUGAUCGCAUCAUCUGUGAUGUCGCUUUUUGCUGUUGUGAUUGUCUUCGUUUAUUCUUGCGUCACUCUAAGCUAUGGAGAAGAGGAUGAUGAGAUCUUCCAUCCCCAUCCUAUCCCUGAAGUGAGGUUUGUCCUCAGCCGGAUGGUGAAAGGAGCAAACAGCACCCUUCUGGUGGCCUGCAUGGGGUCCUUGCUCUUUUCUUCUCUCAUUACAUAUGUUGGCUGCCGCAGUCUUCCACUUUGUGGCUGCUUCGACUCCUCAAAUGGCAUGGAGUUUCUAGUUCCUCAGAAUGACCCUGUUAUCCCAACUGAACUUGUAUGCGCUUGGCAAGAUGAUGAGCGAAUCUUUAACUCCCCCAUGUCAUUCAUGGAUCGCUGUCCUGAACAGGAACAGCAAGACCUCUCCAUGCUUCCACCGUAUAGCAGACUAGCUUAGUAAUUGAUUAGUUUUUUGGUGUGUGUGUGCCUGGGGAAAAUAUGAAAUAUUGUGAAAUAUAGUUAAUUAAUUUUUCCCAUAAAUAUUUCAUCAAGCCUGCUUGUUUCAAAUCAACUUAAAUUUAAUCUUGAUGUUAAAGUUAUCAGUGCCAUAUUUUAUAUUAUCUUCCAGUGUGUGUUUUUUUCUUAAGGCACAUGCCUUGGCUUUUAUUUUUACAUGAUAGAGUGAUAUAUUUGCACACAUAAACCUGUAUGUAUAUAUUUUUACAAUAAACAAUUCUGUUUAAAUCUUUAUGAAUUUACAAACCAUUGCAUUUCAGUGGAUGUUCAGUAAGGCAUAAUGUACAUCCAACUGGUUGUUAUAGCAGAAUAACCCUCGACACGGUGAUCAGGACCCUGACGUGAAGUAUGCUUUGAGUAAUCCUGCUUAUUACACUAUUUACCACAUAAGAAAAUAAUAAGAUGCAAUAAUUAGAAACUUCUGUGAAGACAGCAGUUGUGAGCAAGCGGCAAAACCAAACUAUACGUACAUUUAAGGGAAAAGAUGCAGUCAUACAACUUAUUACACAAAUAAAUAAUUAACAUAAUUAAGGCGAUAAAAGAUUUAAGACAAAAAUGUUUUAAAAUCUUACCAGUUUGUUAGUUUUCUUAUAAUCCAUUAAAGCGUACAAAACAAUCGUAGCAAAUUGGCAGCAGCUGCGUUUGUAUGAAACGAGAGAGCGAGUCCGCGAUACCAGGAUAACAUAAUUAAAUAAUUGUGCACCAUUUUAAACAGUUUAAAUAUUUUAUUAGCUAAACAAACGCAAAGCUUCCACCAAGAAAAAAGUUCCUAGCAAGAGUAUAGCGCCGACUUCAGUUACCUGGAUGAGCCUGUGUUAUAGCUUUUACCGGUUGUUAUCGAGGGAUAACAUACCUUGGAAUGUUGUGACUGGCCAAUCAGAAUCAAGCAUUCCACAGAGCCGUGUAAUAAGAAGACUAUAUAAUAACAUCCCAAGGGACAGUAUCAUUUUUGCAGUGUCAUUACUUUAAGUUUCUAGUUUCUGAACAUUAUAGAGUUUCCGUAUGCACUCUUUAAUGAGACUAAUAAAGUCAUAAAGCACAAUACCCAUCAGCUGAAAUUAAUAGAUGUGGUACUUUUAUUUUUAGUAAAACACUAAAACAGUUCAAACCAAAACCGCAACAAGCAUUACUUUCUUUUGCACUUCUUUGAUUAUAGUGGAUUGAUGCCUUGUUUAUUUUCUCAAAACUAUAUAACUUUAACUCACUGACCAACAUUAAAGUCAUGAGUUAUUUCAGACAAAUGACAAGUAAAGAUAUGUUGUGCGUUCUUGAGUUCUGGCAUUGAUUGCAAGGUGUUAUUUUAUCAACUGCUGACUCCUGAUAACAUGAAUUGGCUCAUACCUUUGGUUGCAAAUACACAUAAUUAUCCCAAGAAUAAUUAUCAAUUACAUAUAAUAAAAAUGUAACACUUAAUCUUCCUUAUAUUUCCUGCAUUUGGAAUUUUCAAGCUUUAACAUUGUUUUUGUGGAUUUUUUAGAUCUGCUAAUAUUUUACAUUGUUUACAGUGUUAUUAAUGUGUUCAUGAAGACAGAAAAAAUACAGAAUUAAAUUCUGAAGGACACCUGAAAUGGUGAAAAGAGAAAAAUCUUUACAGACAACAACGAAGAGAUUCCAGACCAAGAGUGCGUUUUUAUCAAGACCAAUUCAGCAUGAACCUACAAAAAUCAUGAAUGAUCAUGAUGUUUAUGUCAGAUAAGAUAUCAACCAGCACCCAGAGUCAAAAACAUUAAGCACAAAUAGACAAGUCUUAAUAUGCAUUUAAACAUUUAAAAAGCCAUCAUCAACCGUGCACAAUUCCUCAACAAAUCACAUGCUCCCCUAUUAUUGUAUCCGAAUCAAACAAUGCAAAGCAUAACCUAACCAGGCCCUUUACCAUCCUACUUUAAAAAAAAAA